AUGGGCAACGGCAAGGUGUACUCGACGAUCGUGCUCAUCAGGCUGAUCUACGCCGGCAUGCACAUAUUCACCAAGGCGGCGUUCGAGGAGGGCACCAGCACCACCGUCUUCGUCUUCUACCGGCACGCCGUCGCCGCCAUCUUCUUGGCGCCUUUCGCCUUCUUCCUCGAGAUCAGGCAGGGGUCGGCGCCACCGCUGACGUUCAGACUCUCCGUCAAGAUCUUUGCCCACGCCUUCUAUGGGAUGGCUGGAACGAUAAACCUGUAUAGCAUUGGCCUGAAUUAUGCUUCGGCAACCUCUUCGUCGGCCAUCUUCAACAUCGUCCCCGUGGUUGCAUUCAUCCUGGCCGUCAUGUUCAAGAUGGAGACUCUGAAGUUGAAGAGCGUCCACGGCAUGGCCAAAGCCUCGGGGAUACUUCUGUGCAUCGGAGGAGUGGUCGCGCUGGCGCUGUACCAAGGCCCCCAGCUCAAGUCCUUGAACCACCACCCGCUCCUGCACAGCACCGGCACGGCCGUGCACGCGCGCCUGGAGAAGAACUGGGCGCUCGGCAUCUUCCUCAUGACCGCGUCGGUCGUGAUAUGGGCCCUGUGGACAGUACAGCAGGGCCCCCUGUUGCUGGAGUACCCAUCCAAGCUUCUCAACACGACGCUCCAGUGCACCUUCGCCAGCGUCCAGUCGUUCGUCAUCGCCCUGGUCAUGGAGAGGGACUUCUCGCGGUGGAAGCUCGCCGGCGGCAUGAGCCUCUUCGCAGUGCUCUUCACGGCAUUGUUGUGGCGGCGAUCUCCUACUACCUGCAGAUCUGGGUGA